CGGCCGCCGGCGCCUGCUCCGUCCCCUCCCACCGCGCGGCCCCUUCCUCCCUCCUCUCCCGGCCGCUCGCAUUUCCUGCCGCCUGGGCUCUCGCGGCCCCGGAAAGUUCUGCCCAACUUUUUCUCCCCCAAGCAAGCGGGCGCAGCGGGCGCAAUACCGGGGCAGGUUGCCGCGCUCCUCCUCGCUCCGCUGCCGGCCCUCCCGGCUCAGGCCCUCGGAGACCCGCAGACGCCGGGCGGCCGCCCUCCCCUCCCACCUCACCCAUCCUCCCCGGCCUCCUGGCUCCAGCCCCCCUCCGGCGGGACAGCCCCGAGCUUAGGUGGUUCUCCUUUUCUCCGUGUCGGUGCGCCGGGAUCGCAGCGGAAACCUCCCUCCCCUUUCGCCUCCUCCGGCUCCUUCCCUCCGCCCCUCCUCCGCCAGCCACUGGAAUCAAUUCCUUAGGGAAUUGGGGCUCCGCUGCCGCCGCCGCCGCCGUUCCGCGCGGGACUCCAGGUCACGGACGGGGCCAUGUAAGCAGCGAUCCUCCGGAGUGCCGCGCUGGGCAUGGACACCUCUCUGGGCACCAGGAGGAGCACGCGCGGUGGUGUCCUCGCCGAGGCACGAAGCUGCUGAGGCCGUUUCAGGGGCGUGGGCGCCGGGAGAGGAAGGCGGCGUGGGAGGGCCGCCUCGCCAUGCCUUUCGGCCUGAAGCUCCGCCGGACGCGGCGCUACAACGUCCUGAGCAAGAACUGCUUUGUCACGCGCAUCCGCCUGCUGGACAGCAAUGUGAUCGAGUGCACGCUGUCGGUGGAGAGCACCGGGCAGGAGUGCCUGGAGGCGGUGGCUCAGAGGCUGGAGUUGCGGGAGACGCACUACUUCGGCCUUUGGUUUCUCAGCAAGAGCCAGCAAGCACGAUGGGUGGAGCUGGAGAAACCUCUGAAGAAACAUCUGGACAAAUUUGCUAAUGAGCCUCUGCUUUUCUUUGGAGUCAUGUUCUAUGUGCCAAAUGUGUCAUGGCUUCAGCAAGAGGCCACAAGAUACCAGUAUUACCUGCAAGUCAAAAAGGACGUGCUUGAAGGGCGGUUGCGGUGUCCGUUGGAACAGGUGAUCCGGCUGGCCGGCUUGGCUGUGCAAGCUGAUUUUGGAGACUACAAUCAGUUUGAUUCUCAAGAUUUCCUCAGAGAAUAUGUGCUAUUUCCUAUGGAUUUGGCCCUGGAAGAGGCUGUUUUGGAGGAGCUGACCCAGAAGGUAGCCCAGGAACACAAAGCCCACAGUGGAAUCCUGCCAGCAGAAGCCGAACUCAUGUACAUCAACGAAGUGGAACGAUUGGAUGGAUUUGGACAGGAGAUCUUCUCUGUGAAGGACAAUCAUGGAAACAGUGUCCAUCUGGGCAUUUUCUUUAUGGGGAUUUUCAUGAGAAACAGAAUUGGAAGACAAGCAGUAAUAUACAGGUGGAACGAUAUCGGGAAUGUCACUCACAACAAGUCUGCUAUUCUAGUGGAGCUCAUCAACAAAGAAGAGACUGCCCUCUUUCACACGGACGAUAUUGAAAAUGCCAAGUACAUUUCUCGGUUGUUUGCUACACGGCACAAGUUUUACAAACAGAACAAAAUCUGCACUGAACAAUCAAAUUCUCCACCCCCCAUCAGACGCCAGCCCACCUGGAGCCGAUCCUCUCUGCCCCGACAGCAGCCAUACAUCUUGCCUCCCAUGCACGUCCAAUGUGGGGAACACUACUCGGAAACGCACACUUCACAAGACAGCAUUGUCCACGGGAAUGAAGAAGCCCUGUAUCGAAACUCCCACAACAGCCUGGACUUAAAUUAUUUAAAUGGCACCGUCACCAAUGGCAGCGUGUGCAGUGUGCACAGCAUCAACUCCCUCAGCUGCUCCCAGACGUUCAUCCAGGCUUCUCCCGUGUCCUCCAACCUCAGUAUCCCGGGGAGUGACAUCAUGCGGGCUGACUACAUCCCCAGCCACCGGCACAGCGCCAUCAUUGUGCCGUCUUACCGGCCGACCCCCGAUUAUGAGACAGUCAUGCGGCAGAUGAAGAGGGGGGUCAUGCACACGGACAGCCAAAGCCAGUCUCUGCGAAACCUCAACAUCAUCAACACGCAUGCCUACAACCAGCCAGAGGACCUGGUGUACAGCCAGCCCGAGAUGCGGGAGCGGCACCCCUACACUGCCCCCUAUGGGCCACAGGGAGGCUACGGUAGCAAACUUGUCAGUCCGUCUGACCCGAUAAACCCAAAGAACAGCACGGUGCCGAGCAAGCCGGGGGCAAGUGCCAUCUCGCACACGGUGAGCACGCCGGAGUUGGCCAACAUGCAGCUCCAGGGCACCCAGACCUACAACGCGGCCCAUAUGCUCAAAAACUAUCUCUUCAGGCCCCCACCCCCCUACCCCCGGCCGCGCCCUGCCACCAGCACCCCCGACCUCGCCAGCCACCGCCACAAGUACGUCAGCGGCAGUAGCCCCGACCUGGUGACCCGCAAGGUGCAGCUCUCGGUGAAGACCUUCCAAGAGGACAGCUCCCCGGUGGUGCACCAGUCCCUGCAGGAGGUGAGCGAGCCACUCACGGCCGCCAAGCACCGUGGCACGGUGAAUAAGCGCCAUAGCCUGGAGGUGAUGAGCAGCAUGGUGCGGGGCAUGGAAGCCAUGACCUUGAAGUCACUCAAUAUCCCCAUGGCUCGCCGAAACACACUCCGGGAGCAGGGGCCCCCCGAGGAGGUGCCGGGGAGCCACGAGGCUCACCAGCUUCCCCAUUACCACCACAAGAAGACUUUCUCGGAUGCCACCAUGCUGAUCCACAGCAGUGAGAGCGAGGAGGAGGAGGAGGAAGAGGCCCCAGGGUCGGUGCCCCGGAUCCCCAUGCUCCGGGAGAAGUUGGGGUACAGUGCCCAGCUGCAGGCAGCGUUGGCCCGCAUCCCAAACAAACCCCCACCCGAGUACCCAGGCCCAAGGAAGAGUGUUAGCAAUGGGGCGCUGAGGCAGGACCAGGUCAGCCUGCCUCCUGCCAUGGCCAGGGCCAGGGUCCUGAGACACGGGCCGGCCAAGGCCAUCAGCGUGUCCCGAGCUGACCAGCUGGCUGGGGCCGGGCCUUCCCUCGGUCCGUCCAUCUCUGAACCCGACCUGACGAGCGUGAAGGAGCGGGUCAAAAAAGAGCCUGUGAAGGAGAGGCCCGUGUCCGAGAUGUUCUCCCUGGAAGACAGCAUUGUAGAGAGAGAGAUGGCCCUCAGGAAUCUAGAGAAACAGAAGAUGGCAAGCCUGGAGGCGCAGAAGCGGCCACUCAUGCUGGCAGCCUUGAACGGACUCUCGGUCGCCCGGGUCCCGGGGCGGGAAGAGAGCCGAGCUGAUGCCACCCGAGUUCCCAUGGACGAGAGGUUCAGGACCCUGAAGAAAAAGCUAGAAGAGGGAAUGGUGUUCACAGAAUAUGAGCAAAUUCCAAAGAAGAAGGCAAAUGGCAUUUUCAGCACCGCCGCUCUGCCCGAAAACGCCGAGCGAAGCCGCAUCCGCGAGGUGGUCCCCUACGAGGAGAACAGAGUGGAGCUGAUCCCAACCAAAGAGAAUAACACAGGUUACAUCAAUGCCUCCCAUAUCAAGGUGGUGGUUGGUGGGGCAGAAUGGCACUACAUAGCCACUCAGGGGCCCCUGCCACACACGUGCCACGACUUCUGGCAGAUGGUGUGGGAGCAGGGAGCGAACGUGAUCGCCAUGGUCACCGCGGAAGAGGAAGGUGGAAGAACCAAGAGCCACCGAUACUGGCCCAAACUGGGUUCCAAGCACAGCUCCGCCACUUAUGGCAAGUUCAAGGUCACCACAAAGUUCCGAACGGAUUCCGGUUGCUAUGCAACCACAGGCUUGAAGGUCAAGCACCUUUUGUCUGGGCAGGAAAGGACGGUGUGGCAUUUGCAGUAUACGGACUGGCCAGAUCACGGCUGCCCAGAGGACGUCCAAGGAUUUUUAUCCUACUUGGAGGAGAUCCAGUCGGUCCGUCGCCACACCAACAGCGUGCUAGAAGGUACCAGGAGCCUGCACCCCCCGAUCGUCGUCCACUGCAGCGCCGGGGUUGGGCGGACCGGCGUGGUCAUUCUUUCCGAGCUGAUGAUCUACUGCCUGGAGCAUAAUGAAAAGGUGGAAGUACCCAUAAUGCUGCGGCUCCUCAGGGAGCAAAGGAUGUUCAUGAUCCAGACCAUCGCCCAGUACAAGUUCGUCUACCAAGUCCUCAUCCAGUUCCUCCAGAACUCCAGACUCAUUUAACCCCCCGCCCCAGCUACUGGAAGACGGGCCCAGCUCCAUCUUGCAGCUGGGGAGGGGCCUCCAGACAACAUCUGCUCCCCGAGCAGGGCACAGAUGGCCAGAGCAGGCAGGUCAUGGGCUCCCUGAAGACAGGAGCCAAGAGUAUUCAGAAACAUCGUAUAUUAUUUUAUAUGAGAUAAUUUAUUUUUCCCCCUUUUGGAUAACUUUUGUGAAUCAUUGUAAUUUCAGUUUUCACAAUAAUAGAGUGCUUUUCAUUUGAACCAUAUUUUGACUGAUCUGCAUUGUAAAUAUGUCUGUAGGGAAGGUUGCCUGGUGGAUCAUUUGGGGGACAGAGGCAUACAGGGAACCCAUCUCUGGUGAAGUUGCAGCCACAUUAGUAACUGACCCUGAAAUUCAUCAGCCUGAUCGCUCGUGUCCAAAUCAAAGAUGGCAAGAAAAUGAAUUCAUUCUAAAAUAAAAAGGUAAGGGCCAAGGCCCUUCCCUGAAGGAAAAAAUAACAACAAAAACACUACUCUCUCAUAUUUGGGGGCUCAAGUGGCCUCCCUUCUUCCUUUCUGCCCUCAUCCUCAGCAGCUUGAGUUAAGGACAGGAACAGCCAUCACCCAGGCUGAACGAGGAGCUCUGUAUUGCACCUUUCUCAACACUCCUUCUUUUGGACUCUGGAGCCUGUGUUCCCUGUCGGGAACUGUACUCUCAGCAUUUGUUCCUGCUCCCUGUUUGCUCAGUGGGCCCCAGUCUGGUGGUCUUUGAGGCUCCGGGCCAGGCCAUCUGUGCAGCUAGGCCUCCUGCCUGAUUAGAGAGAAGAUAAUGGACCGGAGUGGGAAGAGAAAGGAGAUGGGCAGGCCCUCGAUAUCGUUUCUUAUUUAAACAGGAUGUGUAUGCUGGACAGGGGCCUGAAGGUCGAAGUGCUGGAUACAUUCUGCCUUUCCAUCAGUCACCACGUCACUGGAAAGGUUGUAAGGGAACAGUUGGGAAAGCUGAUUGAUGGGGCUGUUUGGCAUUCAGGUGGCAGGGCCCUGGCCGGGAACUGCUCCGAGUGUGAGCCCUCUCCCAGCUGUGCGGUGCUCACUACAGGCUUCAGCCACUAAGGCCUAAGGCCUUAGUGGCCGCUAGGACCGUGUCACUAAGGCCACUCAGGACCCUGUCAUCCAAAUUUUGGCCACUGGAUGCUAGAUGCGGGGAUUUGUCUCUGACGAAACCCUUCACUGCUUUCCUGUUCUCUGUGUACCCCCCUCUCUGGGUGCUUUGCAGCUCGCUUCUGUGUGUCUUCCUGAGCCUACGCUGGUCAUUGUCCUGAAUUUCUUAGGUCAGUCCUACUCCACACCUUUUGCCCCUUCCUGAAUUGUAGGACUUUGCCCCUCUCCUAUCUAGUUGUUGAAUACAACUUUUAAACCAUGGUUUUGUCCUUCGAAUUGACAUUUGUGGGUGUUCCCUUAUGCUUUUCUCCACUGCUGCCUUCUUGCUUUGUUUUGUUCUUCCUGAGCUGAAAAUGUUACGAAAGAAUGGCAUCAGGUCAGCCAGAAAGAGUGAGCCUGUGUGACAUCCGGUGACCACGUGGCUGGCCGCAGCGGGGUGUGGAAGUGGAUUCCCGGUGAACUACUUUGGAAUGGUAAUCACUCAGUUUCACAUCUGGCCAGGGGUUAUGGUGGUGGUUCUCGCAUUUAGACUCAGAGUAUCUGGUGAUGAAGGGCCUCCUCCCUUCUACUCUGAAGCCUGAAGGAAUCAGUCAGGGAGGGUAACUUAAUUAAGCUGUUGAGAUUCUGGAAUUUAGGUGUGUGUUCUGGAAAAGAAAACCAUGAGUAUGACCUGUAUUUUCAAUGGCACAGAACUCAUCACCCUCACCUGGAGAUGCCCAGAACUUGGAUCGUUGACAGGCAAAGAGGUACCUGUUUCCCUUCCUUAGACACUUUCCCAUCCUUGGGACAGUCUGCUGUUGGGGAUGUUGUCACAGUUGGUCUGCGGUUACUGGCUUAUCUGAUGAACUGCAUUAGUAUUUCUCUUUCGUCCCGUAGGCCCCGACGUGGGUGCUGUGAAAACCGAGUCUCACGUGGGCAGCAUGUAGAGCUGCUGUCUCUUUGAGCUCAUCACACAUGCUCUUCCUGUCAACCUGUCCGCCGUUGUCACUUUGUGCUGCGGGAGUUGUUCACGCGCACAACGCAGGGAGGAAGCAGGUUUGCCGUCCAAUUGCCUAGCGAGAGUUUCUAGCGAAACCCAAAGGAAACCACUUAAAAGUGACUCCACAUAUUUCAUUUUUAAAAACAAAUGUUUUUGCUUCUGUCGUGCAUUUUGCAUUCCUUUCCCCAUCUCCAGCGAGUGCCAGCACAGCUCCUGUGAAAUUAACAGCAGGCAUCGAAAGUCCUUCUCGUGGCAUCUGCAUAAUAAUUGCCCAGAGAUGCUUUCUAUCUGGGAAGCAAGCCAAGGAAUAAACCUUGAAGCAAAGUGUAUUAAAUUAGUUAUCUAGUUAGAGCUUUUGGAAUGAGUUCCUGAUGAUGUAUCAAGUCUGAAGCUGGAGCUGUCGGGGUCUAUUUUUUUCUGGUUGGAUUUGAAGAGAGAAAAUUAAAAUAGAGGGGGGAAAAAAAGAGAGAGAUCCUCUUGCAGCAAAGCCAUUCAACACUUUGGGGGCCUCUGGUUUUGAAGUUUUCCAGUUGAAAUGUUUUGUUUCUGUGAUGUGCACUCAUUUGGGCACAGGGACCCAGCGUUUGUCCUUGUUUCCCGUGGUCCCUGGAUGGUGGGGGCUGAGUCUGAUGUCUUCAUCCUUGAGCAGAGCUGAGCUGAGCUUGCUGGCAGAGCUGAGCCGUGGCCUGCUGAGCUUAUUGGCCCCUUGGGCUCCAAGGAGACACCACCUCUGGUAGCAUUUACGUUUACACACACCUCUUGCCUUGGAUAGGAGGUAAAGGAGGACUUGGCUACAUUAGAGAGGGCAGUCAAACAUUGAUUUCUUUGCAGGAGAGGAAGGAGGAAUGAGCUCUUCUUCCCAGUGAGAGAGGAAUAGUAGGAUGGGCUAAGGGGAAAACAGAUCCACGUGAACUAUUUUGAGCUCUGUGCUUCCAAGGAGCUUAAAUGGACAGAGUUUGACUUAUACAAACUGUGUCGUCCUAGAUUUACAUUAAGAAGAGGAACUAAUCUUUUUUCUAUGAUUUAUCUCUCAUUGCUUGCCUGAGACUCAAGUGGCCAUCAACGGCCCCUUCUUCCACUAGCCUGGUCAGAGGGGCUUUGUGGGCUCUGUCGAAAGGGUUCCUGUGGGACCUGACCACUGGCUUCCCCAAUACUCAAUUUAUCCUUUAUCUUGUCUGCUUUUAGCUUUUGAGAUUCAGUUUUAAACUCUAGGGGGUUCAGGAGGUCAGCAUUUUUACCCAGCUGCCUACUUCUCUCAUCUUUUCAGCUUAAUGACAGGUUGACCAUAGGAAAUUGACAAUAGCUGGACCAUUUUUUAUUACAAUGACAGAAAAUUCACAUGAAUCAACCUAAUCUCUACAAUAUUUUUCUUCCCCCUGAUAUAGUAGGGGUCCUACACACCAUAUGCCAUUUUCCCACACAAGUACUAACGAAUAUGAAGCAUGUGAAAUGGACAGCUUGGCCUUACCCUAAUGAGCUUUGCACUCGGUGAAUGGGUCGCCUCCUGGGGCAGGGAAGUCGGUCUUUGCAGAGAGGUUAGUACACCUGGAUGUUAGUAUGUUCUCAUAGGCAGGGCUGGCCAUCAGGCACAUCACUAUGCGGGUUUCAGCUGCCAUCUUUUUUUGACGCACAGUCUGUGUUAGCUGGCUUGAGGCCAGUGGUGACGGCAUAUGGUGUGUGGGCCAAAAGGUGUCCUCGGCCGGAAAGCAAAAUGUGCUUUUGAAUCUCAUUCCUCCACUUCCAGUGAUGUGUUUGAUGGUGAUAGCAGGUAUAGCUAUUGACUUUCUUUUGGGGACGAUGUGUCCAUCACUUUGAAGUGGGGGGAGUUGUGGGGGUAGUUAGUCUGAGAUACGUGCCAGGGGCCUGAGACA